CAUGCACUCUGGGGUGGAGGAUCAGAGGAACAGAACCAGGACAGGGAGGCCGGCAGAGGGUCCUGCAGAGGGAGCGCCCAGGUCCUGCGCUGCUCUUCCUGGGGGCCGGCAGGCAGGGUGGCCUGGCAUGCCCACUGGCAGGAGAGAGGGGACCGAUCCACUUACUCCCAUCAGCUUCUGAAGGUGACACUGACCCUGACCACCAAAGCAGGUGCCUGUGUUUGUUAGACAAAUACAGCAAGGCCUGCCACCCCUUUAGCGCCAAAGUCCGGAGGUGCAGAGAGCCAGGACCGAGGGAUGGACAAAUCGCCAGAGAUGUGGUGCAUUGUCGUGUUGCCUCUUUUGGCAUGGGUUUAUGCCGAGCCCACUAUGUAUGGGGAGAUCGUGUCCCCCAACUAUCCUCAGGCAUACCCCAAUGAGGUAGACAAGUCUUGGGACAUAGAAGUUCCUGAAGGGUACGGGAUCCACCUCUACUUCACCCAUCUGGAUGUGGAGCUGUCGGAGAACUGCGCGUACGACUCGGUGCAGAUAAUGUCAGGAGGGAUUGAAGAAGGGAAACUCUGUGGACAGAGGACCAGCAAGAGUCCCAACUCUCCCGUGGUGGAAGAGUUCCACAUCUCGAACAAUAAACUCCAGGUGAUCUUUAGGUCGGACUUCUCCAACGAAGAGCGGUUCACUGGGUUUGCUGCCUACUAUACUGCUGUGGAUAUAAAUGAGUGCACAGACUUUGCAGAUGCCCCUUGUAGCCACUUCUGCAACAACUACAUUGGUGGUUACUUCUGCUCCUGCCCCCCUGAAUACUUCCUCCAUGAAGACAAGAGGAACUGCGGAGUCAAUUGCAGUGGGGAUGUAUUCACUACUCUGACCGGGGAGAUCACAAGUGCCAAUUACCCCAAUCCAUACCCGGAGAACUCAAGGUGUGAUUAUCAGAUCCUGUUGGAGGAGGGGUUCCAAGUGGUGGUAACUCUGCGGAGAGAAGACUUUGAUGUGGAACCAGCUGAUUCAGAGGGCCACUGCCCUGACAGCUUAAUUUUUGUUGCAGGAAACCAGCAUUUUGGUCCUUACUGUGGUAAUGGAUUUCCUGGGCCACUAACUAUUGAAACCAACAGUAAUACCCUUAAUGUCAUCUUCCAAACUGACAGCACAGAGCAGAAAAAGGGCUGGAAAUUUCGUUAUCAUGGAGAUCCAAUCCCUUGUCCUAAGGAAGUCACUGCCAAUUCUUUUUGGGAGCCUGAGAAAGCAAAAUAUGUGUUCAGAGAUGUGGUGAAGAUAACCUGUCUGGAUGGGUUUGAGAUUGUACAGGGCAGUGCUAGCUCGACAUCUGUCUAUUCUACUUGCCAAAGCAAUGGAAAGUGGAGUAAUUCCAAACUGAGGUGUCAACCUGUGGACUGUGGCUCUCCCGAACCCAUUCGGAAUGGUAAAUUUGAAGAACCAGAAGAUACCCUGUUCGGUUCUGUCAUUCGCUACACUUGUGAGGAGAAAUAUUACUACAUGGAAAUUAAAGGAAGUGAGGAAUAUCGCUGUGCUGGCAACGGCAGCUGGGUGAAUGAGCUGCUGGGGACAGAGCUGCCAAAAUGUGUUCCAGUCUGUGGCGUCCCCACUGAGCCCCUGAUGGUAAAACAGAAGAUAUUUGGAGGAUUCAUUGCAAACAUCGAGAGUUUCCCCUGGCAAGUCUUCUUCUCGAGCCCGUGGGCAGGCGGAGCUCUCAUUGAUGAGUACUGGGUGCUGACGGCCGCCCACGUCGUGGAGGGAAACCGUGACCCCAUAAUGUAUGUUGGGUCCUCCUCAGUGCUCACCUCAGUUCUGGUCAAUGCCCAGAUGCUCACUGCUGAGCGUGUGUUUAUUCAUCCGGGUUGGAAAGUCCUGGAUGCCUCGGAAACACGGAAGAAUUUUGACAAUGACAUUGCGCUGGUGCGGCUAAGAGAGCCAGUGAAAAUGGGACCCACUGUCUCCCCUAUCUGCCUGCCAGGCAGAUCCUCAGAAUACAACCCCUCAGAGGGAACCCUGGGACUGAUCUCAGGCUGGGGCCGAACCGAAAGAAAAGAUCGUGUUAUUAAGCUAAGAGGGGCAAAGUUACCUGUUGCUCCCUUAGAAAAGUGCAGGGAGAUGAAGGGGGUAAAUCCCAGAAUAGAUGUAAAUUCCUUUAUUUUCACUGAUAACAUGAUUUGUGCUGGAGGAGAGAAGGGUGUUGAUAGUUGUAAAGGGGACAGUGGCGGGGCCUUUGCUCUACAGGUCCCUAAUGAAACAAGCCCCAAAUUCUACGUAGCUGGCCUGGUGUCCUGGGGCACCCAGUGUGGGACCUAUGGAAUCUACACGCGAGUGAAGAACUACAUUGACUGGAUAAAGCAGACGAUGCUGGAAAAUAGUGCCCCCAGCGUGGACUAGCCAUACAGGCAUCACCAGCCUCUCCAAGGGCUGUGACCCCCCCUGUUGAUUUCCAUUCCUUACAAUAGUCCCAUUACUUCAUCAUGACUGCGAGAAGGCACGGGGUAUGAUUUAAGUAGAACUUGAUUGCUGAGAUACCUGGUUGGAGGUUGAGUUUAAUCAUGUCACUGUGUUGGUCAUUCACUGUGGUCAGAAUCCAUGGGGUCCUCUCCCCUGAACCCCUUCUGUGGUACAACCUGGGAAGGGCACGCCUGUCUUGCACUAUUCCACACGGAGUCCUCCCUUUCCUGAUGAUUGCCUAGCAUUCCAGUUCUGACUUUGAAAUUCACUGUUGGGCAUCCCCUUGAUUUCUUGUUUCCCCUUUACCUGUUCAAAGUUCCGUUUACAUCAUCAUUCUCAGCGUCUACUAUCUACUUGUAAUAAAGCAUGAUUAUAACCCA